AUGAAAAGUUUACAACGAGCCAUGUCAUUCACAACUAGACUGCUCAAAGUUAGACCGGAGCUGAUUGUUUUCUCCAAAGAUCAGCUUCUACCUCAUAUUAUUGACAAAGAUACAGAUGAGAAUCUCAAAAUCGCAGCAAAGGAGUUGCAAACAACAAAUAAUGUAAUUGGAUUUCCUACUGAGACAGUGUAUGGUCUUGGAGGGUCAGCCUUGUCUGAUGAGUCUGUAAAGUCUAUCUAUAAAGCAAAAAACAGACCAGCUGAUAAUCCCUUGAUUGUUCAUGUUUCAUCACUUGCACAAUUGCAGAGCAAACUUCUACCUCUGGACUACCAAAUUCCACAGAUUUAUCACAGGUUAAUAAAUGAGUUUUGGCCAGGACCAUUGACUAUUCUACUACCAGUACGUAAGGGUUCACCCAUCUCCAAAUAUGUAACUGCAAAUCAAGAUACGUUUGCGGUGAGGAUGCCGCAACACCCAGUUGCGAGAGCGUUGAUUGCAAUUAGCGAUUUACCCUUGGCUGCUCCUUCUGCCAAUUCAUCAACCAAACCUAGUCCUACUAUGGCACAGCACGUAAUGCAUGAUUUACUGGGUAAAAUACCAAUUGUCUUAGACGGUGGAUCGAGUAAUGUUGGAGUUGAGUCAACGGUAGUCAAUGGGCUUUGUUCCCCACCAAUGUUGCUACGUCCUGGUGGGAUUUCAGUAGAGGAAUUGAAACGAGUUGGUGGAAAAGACUGGGAAAAUGUGCAAAUAGCCAAGCGUACUGCAGAAAGUAACGAGGCUGUAAAAACACCAGGAAUGAAGUAUAAACAUUAUUCGCCAAAUGCAAAGGUUAUAUUAUUCAUCAAUUGUGGUGAUGGGAAGGAACUGAUUUCAGAGUAUAUAAAGUCAAACAAUAUAGAUUUGGACAAGACCAAAGUUGCAUUAUUGAAAUCAAAACAGUUUAAGGACUACAAUGGCAUCGAAGUUGUGAAAGAUUUAGGUAAAAGUGGAGAAGAUAUUUCGAGAAACCUAUUUAAACUAUUGAGACAAGUAGAUGAGGAGGAUAAAGUGGAUAUUAUAUUUGUGGAGGGUGUAGAGGAGACAAAUGAAGGACUAGCGAUAAUGAAUAGAUUGAACAAGGCUGCUGUUGACGUUGUUGAGAAGUGA